UCCCCAACGUUCCACAAAGAAGAUCGAUUACGAUAUACACGAAACACACACAACACCACACCAAUCAAGAUCGGAAUUCCCAUAGAGAGCUACAAUCGCCAUCGUUGCAGAAAAGCUCCUGCAGACAGAGGAAAACCCUAACGCAAAUACGAUGUGCGAAACGCUGUAGAUUGGAAGACGAGCUAGAGAGGAUCAGGAAAUAGCAGCCAGUGGCGGCAAAAAUGGGGGCGUACGCGGCGGGGGCAAUCGAAAUCCUGAACGACCGCGCGGCGUUGAUGAGGGGUUCGCUGGCCAAAGCGCAGUCCAUAACGGAAAAUAUGGUGGUGAUUUUAGGUUCCUUCGACCACCGCCUCUCUGCCCUGGAGACCGCCAUGCGCCCCACGCAGCUGAAAACGCAUUCGAUAAGAAGGGCGCACGAGAACAUCGACAAGACGCUCAAAAAUGCCGAGUCGGUUCUUGCUCAAUAUGAUCUCGCACGCCAGGCCGAGGCUAAAAUACUGAGAGGUCCCCAUGAGUUCUUGGAAAGUUACCUUGAAGCAGUGGAUCAACUGAGGAGCAUUGUCAAGUUUUUCACUGCUGGAGACAAAGGAUUUAUGAGUGGUAUUUCGGUGGUCAACCAAGCAAAUAACUUACUUGCAAAGGCUACUGGAAAACUUGAAGAAGAAUUUCGACAGCUUCUCAGCUCGUACAGCAAGCCUGUCGAACCUGAUCGUCUUUUUGACUGCCUGCCGAACUCUGUGAAGCCAUCAGCUGGAUCACCACGUGAUGGAGAAUCAGGUGGAAAGAAAAUAGCUGAGCAGAAAAGUUCAGAAACUGCUGUAUAUAAACUUCCGACUUUACUCCCACCUAAAGUUAUACCUUUGCUACGCGAGAUAGCUGUACAAAUGAUUCAUGGUGGUAAUCAAAACCAGGUCUUUGUUAUUUUCAGGGAAGCACGAUCCGCAGCACUCGAUCAAACUCUCAGAAAAUUAGGUGUCGAAAAGCUUAGUAAAGAGGAUGUACAAAAGAUGCAGUGGGAAGUUCUAGAGGCAAAGAUAGGAAGCUGGAUACACCAUAUGCGAAUUGCUAUCAAACUUUUGUUUGCCAGUGAAAAGAAAUUCUGCGAUGAGGUUUUUGAGGGCAAUGAUAGUCUUAAGGAACAAUGUUUUGCGGAAGUUACAGCCAACAGUGUAGCUGUGCUGCUUAGUUUCGGAGAAGCUAUUGCGAGGAGCAAACGAUCACCCGAAAAGCUUUUUGUCCUCCUCGACAUGUAUGAGAUAAUGCGGGAACUUCAGCCUGAGGUGGAUACCAUAUUCGGAAAUAAAUUAUGUACUGAAAUGCGGGAAGCUUCUUCUUCACUCACAAAACGAUUAGCGCAGACUGUUCAGGAAAUCUUUGGAGACUUCGAAGAAGCAGUUGAAAAAGACGCCACAAAGACUGCUGUUCUUGAUGGAACAGUCCAUCCUUUAACCAGCUAUGUGAUCAACUACGUGAAGUUUCUGUUUGACUAUCACGCAACACUUCUGCAGCUUUUCAAAGAAUUCUCUACUGCCAAUGGCGAGGAGCAACUAAAAUCCAUCACGACGAGGAUAAUGCAGGCUCUUCAGAGUAACCUUGAUGCUAAAUCGAAGCAGUAUAAAGAUCCUGCUUUAACGCAGCUAUUUAUGAUGAACAAUAUGCACUACAUUGUAAGAUCUGUGCGCAGGUCGGAGGCGAAGGAUCUAUUGGGGGACGACUGGGUCCAAAUACAUCGAAGAGUUGUCCAGCAGCACGCUAGUCAGUACAAGAGGGUUGCUUGGUCCAAGAUUUUGCAGACCCUUACAAUUCAGGGCGUUGGAGAUGCCACGAGCACCGCCGGGGUCUCCCGGACAACGGUGAAAGACCGGUUCAAAAACUUCAACCUGCUGUUCGAGGAGAUCCAUCAACGGCAGUCGCAGUGGACUGUCCCCGACACCGAACUGCGUGAGUCUCUCAGGCUGGCCGUCGCCGAGGUUCUACUCCCCGCCUACCGGUCUUUCAUUCGACGCUUCGGGCCUAUGAUUGAGGGGGGGAAGAAUCCACAGAAGUACAUAAGGUAUACGCCGGAAGAUCUUGAAAGAAUGCUGGCAGAAUUUUUUGAAGGCAAGACUUGGAAUGAACCAAGGAGGUAAUUUUUUUAUUUUUUAUUUUUUAAAUCUUUAUUUGAUUUUUAAUUCAAUCUUUGUAGUUUUUUUUAGCCACCCUCUUUUCAUAUAUAUAUAUAUAAAUAUAAUAUUUGAUUGUCUUGUUGUUUUCAUAUUAUUUAAUUUCUUGAUUCCCAUCUAAUAUUUUUGUAUAAAUUUUUGA